AGCCUAAACUGCUGAACGGAGCUCGAUUGUAGAUAAAUCUGGAAGAACACGUAGGCGACUUACUUUGCUUUUUUGUUUCCGCACAGAUAUAAUCGCGGGCAACAGCUUUUUUUUUUGCCCCAAUCGUGGUAAUCAAAUAAGACAUGGCCCUCUUAAACACUUGGAGAUUCGCGGAACCGCCGAACUACGACAAAAAUGAUGACAAAAAGUAUCCAUAUUCCGAGGUGCCGUUUAUAGGCGAUUACAAUUUGGUAAAAAUACCAAUAUCUUACUGUAAAUUUGUUGAUCAUGUCGAUUAUUGGGAAGGAAAAAUAACUGCCCCUGAAGGUCGCACAGGAUUCGCUGAUUGUUAUAAUAUUAACGAUGUGUCUCAACUCGUAAGCAAAGGUCCGGAUAAAAACAGGAAAAUACCGAACAGAAUUCCAGUUGUUAGUUCUACAAACUGUGAUACAAGUGGUUAUAUCAAGAAUAAUUCCGUAAAACUUAUAACAGUCCUGGGGGCAACUAUUAAUGAAAGUUGUGCCAAAGAUAUAGCGAGAAUCGUCAAUGAAGAGGUCGGCAAAGUCAUUGUGUUCGGUUUAAAUGAAGAUUCCCUUGAUAUAAAGACGCUGGAAGGAGCUUUGAAAGAGAAAAAAUUGAAUUACUGUUCAGAAUUUAUUCUGCCAAUGAAAUUAUUGGGCUUAUCUAUGUUUAAUAGUUUCCGUGCUUAUUUGAAUUUAUCUGAUCUAAGUAAUUAUUUGUAUAAAAAUGUCGUGGAUGGUAAUUACGUUAAUGCUAUAUUAAAAAGCAAAAUAAUCGAUGAGAGUGGCAAUAGCAGUUUAAUCUUUGACGUUAUAACGAAAUUACUGGUUGAAGGUAAUAAAAAUGUGAUGACAUAUGCUUACCAACUCUGGCAUUCAAAUUGUAUGGACAUAGUUACAAAAUAUUUUCCAUUAGUAUUUCAAACUAUAUUGAAAGAAGAGCAUGUGGUGAUAUUGAAUAAGAAAUUUAAUCUAGCUCUGAAAUUAGAUUACGGUACUAAUUCAGAUAAAAAUAGAUUAGCUUGGGGAGAUAGUAAAGACAAAACAAGCGAACGAGUUAAAUGGAAUUUUGUACCAGUUUUGAAGGAUGAUUGUGUUGUGUUCAAAAUAAGGAACUAUGAGCAUGGCUUAUUUUUAAAAUUGGAUUCAAUAACAAAUAAUGUCGGUGACAGACAAGCUUGGGGUUCUAAAGAUACAAGCGAAGAAAGAUUUGAAUGGUAUUUGAAUCCAAUUAUGGUUAAUUACGUUUUAAUGUUUUUGCUAAUAAAUAAAGAGUACAAUCAAGGUAUUAUAUUGGAUUCAAAUUUGGAUGUAUUUAAUGAUAGGUUAUUGUGGGGACACAAUGGAGAGGUAUUAAAAACUCCUGAGGAAUAUGGAUGGUAUAUUCAAUGAGAAUUCUUUAAUCUAUA